GGUGUGCAAUGGAUCAGAUCUGGACUGAAGAGGGGGACAGAUGGGAAAGAGGAAAGAAGGGAGGGAAAGGGGAAAGAGUGAGAAAGGGGCCGGAGGAAAGUGACAAGGUAAGAAAAGGAAGGAAAGGGCGAGAGGAGGGAGGGGUGGCUGAGAGCAGUUUCGGAGAGCAGGCUGCGUCCCAGUCUGUUUGUGAUUAGCGCACAGCCCGGUGCAGAAUGGAGUAAACAGAAACUUCCAGGCGUCCCCUCCGCCCCUCGCUGAGGCAAAGCAGAAAUCAGAUGCUCUGUGAUUAAUCGUGGAGGAUUCAGGACACGACCACAAACGCUGUGUGGACUUGAAAUUAACUGCCUGUUCCCAGUCCCCUUGCCAAAAUGGGAGUUGGGGGGUGGGACGUGAAGGCGUGGGGGCCCCCCGCCUGCUGGGGACCAGCAUGGAAUUCCCCCCGGCAGAGCUGGGAGUGACACUGACAGGCAAUCGGCGGCAUCCAGCAGGCAGCAUCCGGGGGGGAGCGGGGCCGGCUGGGGGGCCCCAGGAGGGCUUCCUGGAACCCCAGCUCCACGGCCGCCUGCACCCUGACACAGGCCAGAUAAGAAUCCCGGCUGCAUUAUCAGAGCCCGGCAGAGCACCGGCCUCCCUCUACCAGAAGGAAGACUGGGGUUGCAGCAGGUCCUCAAGGCGAUCUUCCCAGAGAGUGGGACGGGCGCCUGGUGGCCAGCGUGGAUGGACUUUGCCGAGCCCUAGCUGGAGUCCGGGAGUCCCUGGCGAGAUGGGAGCAGACGCUUGUUGGUAGCACUAGAGAAAGCAAGGCAGCUGCAAGGAGGCAGGCGGGACGGCACCUGAGUGUCCAGACCUGCUCAAUGCAGGUGACCGCCAUGUCGGUGAGGUUGCGGUUCCUGUCCCCUGGGGACACAGGGGCCGUGGGGGUUGUGGGCCGGAGCGCCUCCUUCGCAGGCUUCAGCAGCGCGCAGAGCCGGAGGAUCGCAAAGUCCAUCAGCAGGAAUUCUGUGAGAUUGCGCAUGCCUGCAAAAUCCUCCAAGAUGUACAGCACGCUGCGGAAGGGGUCGGUCUGUGUGGAUCCCAAGCCUCAGCAAGUGAAGAAGAUCUUUGAAGCAUUGAAAAGAGGCCUCAAGGAGCAUCUGUGUGUGCAGCAGGCUGAGCUGGACCGCCUGUCUGGGUGCCACAAGGACACCAGGAGGAAUUCGAGGCUGGUGAGACCCCUCCCUUCCCCCAGUCUAUGGCAUGGUGUGAGUCUGUCUCUGAGCGUGGACGAGCUGUACGAGGACUAUUGUAUCCAGUGCCGCCUGCGCGACGGCGUCUCCAGCAUGCAGCAGGCCUUCGCCAGGUACCCCCCGAGCCGCGCAGCCCGAGAAAGCCUGCAGGAGCUGGGCCGCAGCCUGCAGGAGUGUGCCGAGGACAUGUGGCUCAUCGAGGGGGCUCUGGAGGUUCACCUGGGCCAGUUCCACAUCAGGAUGAAAGGCUUGGUGGGCUACGCACGCCUCUGUCCCGGAGACCAGUAUGAGGUGCUCAUGCGUCUGGGCCGCCAGCGCUGGAAGCUCAAGGGUCGGAUCGAGUCGGAUGACAGCCAGACCUGGGACGAAGAGGAGAAGGCCUUCAUCCCCACAUUGCACGAGAAUCUGGACAUCAAGGUGACAGAGCUGCGGGGCCUGGGCUCACUGGCUGUGGGCGCAGUGACGUGUGACAUCGCUGACUUCUUCACGACGCGGCCGCAGGUCAUCGUGGUGGACAUCACGGAGCUGGGCACUAUCAAGCUGCAGCUGGAGAUGCAGUGGAACCCUUUUGAUACUGAGAGCUUCGUGGUGUCACCCAGCCCCACAGGCAAGUUUUCUAUGGGCAGCAGGAAGGGCUCCUUGUACAACUGGACACCCCCGAGCACCCCCAGCUUCCGGGAGAGAUACUACCUGUCUGUCCUACAGCAGCCAACGCAGCAGGCCUUGCUACUGGGUGGCCCCAGGGCCACCCCAAUCCUCAGCUACCUGUCUGACAGUGACCUCCGGGGUCCCAGCCUGAGAAGCCAGAGUGAGGAGCUGCCUGAGAUGGACUCCUUCAGCUCUGAGGACCCCCGAGACACGGAGACCAGUACGUCAGCAUCCACCUCCGAUGUGGGCUUCCUGCCCCUGGCCAUCAGCCCCCACGCCUCCAUUGAAGAGGAGGCCCGGGAGGACCCCCUGUCCCCAGGUGUCCUGCCACAGAUGGCCCACCUCUCGGGAGGCCCAUUUGCAGAGCAGCCCGGCUGGAGGCACCUGGGAGUGGAGAGCCCCAGCCUGCCACGGGGCUCCCCAUUCCCCAAGGGUACAGCCACAGCCCCGAGCGGCCAGAAAGGCCCUGAGGAAGGGGCAACCGGGGACAGAGAGGACGGGCCUGGCUUGGUCCUCGAGCGGCCUCUGCAGGAGGUCCUGGAGUUGCUGAGGCCCACAGACUCUACCCAGCCCCAGCUCCGGGAGCUGGAGUACCAGGUCUUGGGCUUCCGAGAUCGACUGAAGCCCUGCAGAGCGAGGCAGGAGCACGCCUCAGCCGAGAGCCUGAUGGAGUACAUCCUGGAGAGCUUUGCCUUCCUCAAUGCCGACUUCACUCCGGAUGAGCUGUCCCUGUUUGGGGGCUCCCAGGGUCCCCGAAAGGACCAGCCUCUGCCCCCACCACCAUCACUGAAAACAUCCAGGGAACUCACAGCCGGUGCCCCAGAGCUGGACGUGCUGCUGACGAUACACCUCCAAGUCUGCAAAGCUCUGCUGCAGAAACUGGCCUCCCCUGCUUUAUCAAGGCUGGUCCAGGAAUGCCUCCUGGAAGAAGUGGCACAACAAAAGCACGUUCUGGAGACACUUUCUGUCCUUGACUUUGAGAAGGUCGGCAAGGCAACAUCCAUCGAAGAGAUCAUUCCACAGGUGUCGCGGAGGAAGGGGUGCCUGAAGCUGUGGAGGGCGUGCACGGGGCCUGGUCGGGUCCUGUCCUGCCCUGCCACGACGCUGCUGAACCAGCUCAAGAAAAUGUUCCUGCACAGAGUCAGAGGGAAAUACCCGGGCCAGCUGGAAAUAGUGUGUCGCAGGCUCCUGGAACAGGUGGUCAGCUGUGGUGGGCUGCUCCCUGGAGCUGGGCUCCCUGAAGACCAGACCAUCACCUGGUUCCAGUUUCACAGCUACCUGCAGAGGCAGAGCGUCUCUGACCUGGAGAAGCAUUUCACCCAGCUCACCAAGGAAGUGACACUCAUCGAGGAGCUCCACUGCACGGGGCAGGCCAAGGCGGUCCGGAAGCUGCAGGGGAAGCGGCUGGGCCAGCUCCAGCCCCUGCCCCAGACCUUAACAGCCUGGGCGCUGCUCCAGCUGGAUGGCACUCCGAGGGUGUGCAGGGCGGCCAGUGCUCGCCUGGCGGGUGCAGUCAGGAACAGAAGCUUCCGGGAAAAGGCUCUGCUCUUCUACACCAAUGCCCUGGCAGAGGACGACGCAAGGCUGCAGCAGGCUGCGUGCCUGGCGCUCAAACAGCUCAAGGGCGUUGAAAGCAUCGACCAGAUUGCCAGCCUGUGCCAGUCUGACCUGGAAGCCGUGCGGACGGCAGCCCGGGAAACCACACUGUCAUUUGGUGAAAAAGGACGGUUAGCUUUUGAGAGGAUGGACAAACUCUGCUCAGAACAAAGAGAAGUCUUUGGCCAGGAGGCAGAUGUUGAAAUCACAGUAUUUUAAAAUAUCCUGGCUGAUGAGCAAGUCUCGCCUCGGCUUUUUUUGCUGCUGCUUGGCCUGCAUGUAAAGCCUGAGCUCUGGGUAAUGGUGCCGUCUGCUCCUCUAGGAGUGUGAACUGCCCAGAGCUCUGCCUGAGGCUCCAGCCACUGACCCAGGGCAUGGGCUGGUCUUUUGGACAGGACAGAAAAACGCAAGGCCACGUUCAGCGUUCCAAGGGCUGCAUGUCCUCAACGUCGCCCCCAACUUCUGGCUGAGGGUCUGUCUGACUUUCCCUGAGAUGCAGAGCCGAGCCGCACUUGGCGGCCACCUACAAGAGGGCCAAGGCCAGGUAAAGUGAGGCCCUGAAUAAAAGGCUCCAUGAUGAGGGUACGGAACUCCAGGCCUCCCUGCCGGUCAGCCACUCAGCACUUCUGGGUCAACAGACACUGGGAUGGAGAAGGCUGCUCAAGUCAUUUCAGCAGCAGCCAGCUGGCACCCCGGUGAGCUGGGGAAGGUGGGAAGGCACAAAGCCAGGGUUUCUACAGCUACACUCUCCGCUUGACCUGCAGCUGGCGUGCCAUGGAGCCCACGGACAGCGGCUGCUGGACUGUGAACCUCACCCUCCCUAUGCUCAGCGACACAAAGGGAAGAAGCCGCAUCAGCCCAGGAGCCCUGAGCAGCACGGGGAGUAGAGCCGCUCGCUACCCAAAUGCAAUCCAGCUUCAGAGGCAAUUGAGGGCCUCGUCAAUAAACUGCUCCAGAAGCCAUCAGCUGCCCUGAAGAAAGAGUUCGCUGAAGAACACGUUGCUUUAUAGAAAGAAAAUGAGUUUCCUAUUUAAGUCUAUUAGAAAAAAGCAAACCACAUCCUGAGAGUCUGUUAAUGUAGACAGAACCUAGGCUUUGAGGGUGCUGUAACCACGGCAUCAGAGAACUUUCCCAUCCAAACUUCCUGUAUAUAUUUUGUGCUUUUUUGGUUUAACUUUUAGAAAACCUUGUUCAUAUGUUCAGUUCUCUGGAAUUUCAAUUAAACUAUUUUAAUUGGUGUUUUACUUUUUACCCAAAAGAGUAGACAGCGGUUGUUUCCUCAAAUCCCUGCCAAUGAGGGGGUCACUCCUGUGGUCUCGUGGGGCGCUGUGAGGACACUUGAAGGAGGGGCCUCAGGCAGCGGUUCUGGUAAACACCGUCUCUGGGCUCCUCCGCAUGCUGGUGAAGGCUCCAGGCAUGCUCACCCCAUACGGGCAUUCUGCAGCAUGGCCUGUGCCCCACCUGAUUUGUCAGUCCCCCUCCUCUUUUUUUAAGCAGCAGUACUAGCCUAGAGUAGAGGUCCCCAACCCCCAGUCCACACACCUGGUACUGGCCCAAGGCCUGUUAGGAACUGGGCUGCAGGGCAGGAGGUGAGCGGUGAGCGGGCAUUACCGCCUGACCUCCACCUCCCGUUAGAUCAGUUGCAGCAUUAGGUUCUCCUAAGAGUGCAAACCCUAUUGUGAACUGUGAGAUCUAGGUUUUGUGCUCCUUAUGAGAAUCUGAUGACCUGAGGUGGAUCCCAAAACCAUCCCCCACCACCCCCAGGUCUGUGGAAAAACUCUUCCAUGGAGCCGGUCCCUGGUGCCAAAAAGGUUGGGGACCGUGGCCCUGGGGCAACCUCCCUCUUCUUGAAAGCUUAGAUGACCUUUUUCAUACCUGAAACGGUGGGGGCCACACUGACAUCUGCAGCCCCAGGACCCUGUGGGGCCACAUGACCAUAGCCUGUCCUGUUGCUGGUCUCAGGAGCCUGGGCCUGCAGUCAGCUUUGAAACAGCUGAGGAACCUUGGAGGGUACAGGGGAACUCUUUGUACUGUUUUUGCAACAUUUUGCAAAUACAG